AUGCAUGUGAUUGAUGCAAAGACUUCAUAUAAUUUGUUGCUUGGCAGGCCUUGGAUAUACGAGAACAAAGUUAUCCCAUCAACUUACUACCAAUGUUUGAAAUAUAAUAAAGACGGAAUCGAAAAGAAGAUAGUUGCUGACGACAAGCUGUUCACUGAAGCCGAGACAUACUUCGAUGAUGCAAAGUUCUACUUGAAGAACCAUAUCGUGAAGGGAGUAAAAGUUGAUGACAUUACGAAGGCCAAAUGUGAUAAUAUCGUGUCCAAAAGGGAUGAAGUAGCUUCUGGUGAAGAUAAAGUUACAAUAGAAGCAUACCAAGUUUCGAAAGCUUACAAAAAGAAUGUUGCAACUGCAGGCAAGAAAAUAGCUCAUUUAUUUCGUUACGUCCCAAAAGUGAAGAAAGAUAAAGGAGAAUCAUCAAGCCUCCAAAAAGAUGAACUAAGAGAAUUAACCCCUCCUAUCAAGCAGAUUGAUACCAUAAAGUUAUAUUCAAAGCUACUGGAAAAGUUUGUGGCCCCUAACAUGCCUCAAAAUAAGGCACUCCCCAUGAAACGCACAAAUGAAGGUUUUGAUAUGAAUGCUUACAGGUUGUUCGCAAAGGCUGGAUAUGAUCCCAAUGAACCAUCUAAGGUAGGGAAGCUCCCACCUGAAGCUACUAGGAAAGAAAACACGAUGAAGGAUAAGGAGCAUAUGGUGAAGCAAUCACGUGAGGGUUUGGGUUACAAACAACCCCCACCAGUUCGCAUCUCCAUUAGAAGAGCAAGUAGUAACUAUAUCAUGAUGGAAGAUGAACCCGCUGAUCCUAAUAAAAGGCUUUCUGUCUUUGAUCGACUUGGAGAACCAACUACAAGAACUUCUGUAUUUGAGAGAAUGAGGCAACAAUCAGAACUUUUGAUUUCAUGCGGAGAGGUACUCAAAGUGAAGACUCGCACAGUGGUCCACACUAGAGAGCAUGACGAAGAUAAAGAAAGUGUAGGAUCUUCAUAUCAGAUUAUUGCGAAUGAGGAGCAAUACACUUCAUUUCUAAGGAAGGUCGACGAAAAUUUGGGAGAUGCCUCUUGGUGUGGCCAUAUACCUUUUAAUGAUGGUGAUCCCCAUGAAGACGAAGAUGUCGAGGAUGCUCCUCUGGAACUAGAAGAAGGAAUUAAAAUAAUAGUUGAUGCAUUAAAAGAAGUCAACCUUGGCACUGCAGAAGACUCUAGGCCCACUUAUGUAAGCGCCCUACCAACCACAGAUGAAGAAAGCACUUAUGUGGAGCUACUCAAAGAAUAUAGAGAUGUCUUUUCUUGGAGCUACAAAGAGAUGUCUAGUUUAGAUACUAAAGUAGCAGUUCAUCAUCUCGCGGUCAAGAAAGAAUCUCGUCCUGUUAAGAAAGGCCAAAGACGCUUCCGGCCAGAAUUGAUCCCAUCAAUCAAAGCCGAGGUCAAUAAACUCAUCGAAGCUGGUUUCAUUAGGGAGGUUAAAAAUCCUACAUAG